AUGUCAGCAGACAUUGGGCAUGCUCGAGACUUCGUGGAACUUCAUGAGCAAGUGCAAUCCAGCGUGAAACUCCUGGAUUCACUGGAGAACUUCCUUUCAACGUUUCAGAAGGAUCUGUCCGCGGUGUCCGGUCAAAUCUCAACAUUGCAGGACCGUAGCAAAGACAUCGAGAAUAGAUUGAGAAGUCGGCGAAGAAUAGAGAAGCCUCUUUCAAGCCUCCUGGAAGAUCUCUCUAUUUCACCUCAAUUGGCCACGCUGAUACUUGACACACCUGUCGAUGAGGCAUGGAUACCUGCAACGGGCGAAUUCGAGAGAAGGCUCAAUGCUUUGAAAGUCAGGGUGAGAGUGAAGGCGGCAAGGGACCUGGCAGAGGUAGCAGAGGGCCUACGCAUUGUGGCCGCCACCAAACUUCGGUCUUUCUUUCUUGCCCUUCUGCAACCUAUACGGACCAGCAUGACAACAAACAUGCAGGUUAUUCAGACGUCUAUUCUCCUAAAGUACAAGCCACUUUUCGGGUUUCUUCAACGGCAGGCGGCAAGCGUAGCCAACGAGGUGCAGAGGGCAUAUGUAGGCGCUGCGCGCACGUACUUCGAGACCGGAUUCCGCAGGUAUAUACGAAGCCUCGGAUACUUGAAGACGCGGUCAGUGGAGAAAGCUGACACAAUUGUUUCUGGUGCUGGCGAGUCUACCGAAAUAGCAGAAGUGGCUAUAGACCGGCUUGCGUUCGCUCAGAUCAAUGGGCCUGGGGUUGCUCUUACCUAUAUGGUCGAUGACAAGUCACACAAAGAACCAAUCGAAGCAUUGCUGCGAUCGAUGUUACUUGUUCUUAUGGACAACGCAACGGCAGAGUAUUCAUUUAUUACAACAUUCUUCGCAACGGAGCCCCGUCCCCCCCAUCUGCACUCGAAGCAACCUAGCGACUCUUUCCAUUCUCCUACGUCUCUGCUGUCUCCAUUAAAUGGCGACUUCGACGAUACUUAUUCAAACCCAGGGUCUGAUUCCAAUUUCUCUCCUAGACAACGUGUGACCAGUAUUGGGAGCGUACUCGGAUUGUCAAACUCCGAAACAUCGUUCAAGGAGGAGCAAACCACCCUCAACGCCAUUUGGAAGCAGAUUAUGGACCCCACCCUUGACUACUGCCAAGCCUUCAUGCGAUCACUUCUCGACUCUCCUCCUCCAGUGGUGCCAUUGCUGAUUAUGAUCCGACUUAUCGAGGAUAUAAUGGCCGAGAUACAGAAGCGCAAUUGUAGUCCGCUCGAGACAUUCGUCUUUUCGAUCCGUAUUCAGAUGUGGCCCGUAUUCCAAAAAGCUAUGGCGGACCACAUCGAUUCAUUGAAGAAAUUGGCUGAAGGCGCAACCUCAGGUUACUUCCGCAGAAGUGCGACCAUCACUGAUGCAGUAGUUUCUAGUAUAUGCCGUCGAUAUACAAUAAUGUUCAGCUCCUUCAUCGCACUUACUGAGCAACCCGAAGAGACAAUGAUAUUCUCGAACCUGUUACGCUUGCGCCAAGAGCUCUCUAAGCUCAUCACUACGCAUACGGACAAGAUCACCGACAUUACUGCUAGAGCCUCAGCGCAAUCAGCGCUUUAUGAAGUGUUGUUGAAGGGAUUGAGCAAAAGCGCACGUCCGGCUAGUCAUCCAAAAGCCCAAAGCGAAAUUGCCUACUGGCGGGGGAGGGAAGAAGAGACACGACGCAGGAUUGCCUCUACGAAUCGACAGAGGUAG